AAUUGGUGGCUGUGAGUAGCGAGAAAAGGAACUGGGAAGCUUUAACUUCCCCUCCUGCUCUGUCUUCCACCAGAAACCAAACAUGGCAUCUUCCAUGAGGAGCCUGUUUUCUGACCACAGCAGAUACGUUGAAUCCUUUCGGAGGUUUCUCAGCAGUUCCACGGAACACCAGUGCAUGCAGCAGUUCAUGGACCAGAAGCUGCCAGGCAUAAUAGCAAGGAUUGGAGAUACAAAAUCAGAAAUUAAGAUCCUAAGCAUUGGAGGAGGUGCAGGUGAAAUUGAUCUUCAAAUUCUUUCCAAAGUGCAGGCUCAAUAUCCAGGAAUUCAUAUCAACCAUGAAGUUGUUGAGCCAAGUGGUGAGCAAAUUGCCAAGUACAAAGAGCUUGUAGCCAAGACAUCAAACCUUGAGAACAUAAAGUUUGUUUGGCAUAAGGAGACAUCAUCUGAAUAUCAAAACAGAAUCAUAGAGAAAAAAGAAAUUCAGAAGUGGGACUUUAUUCAUAUGAUUCAGAUGCUGUAUUAUGUAGAAGAUAUCCCAGCUACCCUGAAAUUCUUCCAUAGUCUCUUAGCUACCAAUGCUAAGCUUCUCAUUAUUCUUGUGUCAGGAACCAGUGGCUGGGACAAGCUGUGGAGAAAGUACCGAUCUCGCUUACCCCAGUAUGACAUCUGCCAAUACGUUACAUCAUCUGAUCUCUCUCAGAUGCUGGACAAAUUGGGGAUUAAGUAUGAAUGUUGUGACCUUUUGUCCACCAUGGAUAUAUCUGAUUGUUUUAUUGAUGGCAAUGAAAAUGGAGACCUGCUUUUGGAUUUUUUGACAGAAACCUGCAACUUUAAUACAACAGCACCACCUGAUCUCAAAGCAGAAAUUAUGAAAGAUCUGCAAGAGUCUGAGUUCAGCGUAAAGAAAGAGGGAAAGGUUCUUUUUAAUAAUAAUCUGAGUUUCAUAGUGGUUGAAGUAUAAAUAUUAAUCAUGAAAGUGUAUUCAAAAAUUGUAUUUUGAAUAAUGUUGUCACUUAUUUCUAUAUUAAAAUUACAAACACAUCUUAUAGUAUAAAUAGUCAUUUUCUCUUAUAUAUAAAACCUAGAGAAUUCCAAGAAAUUCUCAGCUUUCCAUGAAGAAUUAUAUAUGAUAUUGUUGGUCUUAUCCCAUUCCUUCCCCAAGGCAAGAGGCCACAUUUAGGCUAAAUACACAAUAAGCUAGAAAAAUGAGACAACUAAGUUUCACUGGCCUACUGAUAAGAACAUCCUUCCUAUUUGUUGAUUGUACUGGAAUGUCCCAAAAUAUUAAUAAAGCAUGUGUUGUGAAUUCUUUAAAUACUAA